AUGUCUACGGGAGAGGGCCAGGGGAGUCGCAAACGGCAAAAGAAGGAGUCCAGAGCAUGUACAAGUUGCAGAAAGCGAAGGGUAAAGUGUAACUUUGAAAUCCCAUGUAAUCGCUGCAUAGAUCGCAACCGGGCAAGCCUGUGCACUCGAGACCCAGACGCGGAAUUGGAGCAGGUAGAUCAAGAGUUAGACGUUCUGCAGGAAAACAGAAUACUUAGGAAUAAGGUAGCCGAGCUAGAGGAACUGAUUUUGCAGGCCAGGAGCCAGCAAGACUCCGAUGAAAGCACACAAACCCCUGAAAUUGAGCCAAUCGAGGAUAAUAGCUGGAGUUAUUACGUUCAGGCAAUUGCGUCUGCAAAACAGAUUUCUCUAGGCUGGCUAAGCGAGGAGACAAGACUUGCAGACACGGAGGACUGGCUGCCGGCCAAUAACGAGGAGCUGACAGCGGAAUACGAGGAUGUGUGGUGCUACUACUACAGAAAGGUCAAAGGCAUAGAAAAGCACGUUUUGGAGAGAAUACUGCAGGAAGCACGCAACGUCUCGUUCUUGUAUAACGUGAUAGAUUGGGACAAGUUCUGGACGGAAUAUAACGAACACUGGGAAACUGAAGCAGAACCACAUAUUGCACCUUUCUACUCGAAAGACAAACGCAAGUAUCUCUUUAUGUGCCAGUAUUACCUGUUGUUGUGCAUUGGGCUAUACUACUCUGAUGAUGGUCUCCAGCAAGAAAUAAAAUGUUCAAGCGAGGAGUGGGGGCUGCUCCCCAAAAUGUUCUUCUCGUGUGCUUUCCAGUGUUUGAUGCGAGGACGGAUUCUCACCUACCCGGAUGUGAUGUCUAUACAGUGUUUCUGCCUAUUGAGACUAUGUUCUCCGAUGCUGGGCGGUUACAACCUGCAGAAUUGUUUGCUCAAAGUUAUGUGCUACCACGCACGGCAGCUGGAGCUGGACAAGAUGUCUGCCUCGGACGACAGGAUCAAGAUCUUGUGCUGGUGGUCGCUGGUUAUUAUCGACUGGCACGACUCGGAGUUCCGCCUCUCUUCCAUCCCCCUGAACAGCUUCUCCACGCCACUGCCUGACAAAUAUAUUAGCGCUAAGAAAAUCAACGAGCACAGCUACUACCAUCUGUUCAACGCGCGGAUUGCACUCAUCAAAAAACAAUACUACUGUAACCCAUCCCCAUCGCUCGACCAACUUAUAACUGCAGAGGCAGAGCUGCACGAGCUCGAGAUGGAGCAGGUGUCCGACCUCGACCAAUUUUCCUCUAGCAUGUCGUCGCGUUAUAUCAGAUUUAUAAUCAGGUACAUUCUGCUGUACGAGAAACUUGCCAUUUGCUGCAAAAUCGCCUCCUGCAUAACCAAAUCUGAGUGGCUCCAGAAAUACCAUCGCCGGUGCUUUGCGCAUGCUGACCAGCUCGUCCGCAUCUACCUGUCUCCGGACACCCCCAUAGCAUAUAAAAAGCCGUGGUUUAUGGCCGACAUGACGGUAUCGGCAGCGGUGUUUCUUCUGGUAGACGCGUUCUUCAACGAGCACGCCAUUUGUACACAGGAAAAAGCUGUUGGGGUGGCCCGACAGCUUGUGGCCGCGCUGACCUCGUUUUCGCAACUGAUCCGACCGGCUUUACGUGGGGCCCAGGUUAUUGAAAACCUGGUUGAUUAUUUGACUCGAGAUGCCAGCAGAAUGGCCAGAAACAUUGCCGGGCCUAGCUCGUCUCCUGUCCAUCACAGCGGGCUCUUUGAGAAUCCUUGGCACGAGCUGCUGCACACGUUUCGCGAAACGCCUUCGCCCCGCGAUUACAAGUCACCCGCCUAA